GGGAAGAGCUUCAUAUACAUUUCAGAUAUUUGCUUGCAUUGUUUGUUAUGUUACUGAGAUUUUUGCUAUAGUUUUGUGGUUUCUUUCGAGCAUCGCAGAGUAAAAGGGGGGCUUUUGUAGGUUAACAUUGAGUCUAAAAAUAGUAAAAUUGUGUCGAAUUAUCUGAAUCGGGACUGAACGUUUAUUUUUUGCUUGCGUUGUUUGUUAUGUUACUUUGGAAACAGCCGCCCUACCUUUCAAGGUGGGGGUUAGGUCUGCGUACACUCUACCCUCCCCAGACCCCACAAGGUGGGAUUAUACUGGGUUUGUUGUUGUUGUUGUUGUUUGUUAUGUUACUGAAGUUUUUGUUAUUAAGUUAAGUAAGAAGAUAUAGCGGGUUGGUUGUUUCUAUACUUGUGUGGUUUCUUUUGGAGCAUCGCGAAGUAAAAGGGGGGUUUCUGCAGGUUAACGUUUAGUCUAGAAAUAGUUAAAUUGUGUUGAGUUAUCUGAAUUGGGACUGAACGUUUAUUUUUUGCUUGUGUUGUUUGUUAUGUUACUGAAGUUUUUGUUAUUAAGUAAGAAGAUAUAGCGGGUUGGUUGUUUCUAUACUUGUGUGGUUUCUUUUGGAGCAUCGCAAAGUAAAAGGGGGGUUUCUGCAGGUUAAUAUUUAAUCUAGAAAUAGUUAAAUUGUGUUGAGUUAUCUGAAUUGGGACUGAACGUUUAUUUUUUGCUUGUGUUGUUUGUUAUGUUACUGAAGUUUUUGUUAUUAAGUAUGAAGAUAUAGCGGGUUGGUUGUUUCUAUACUUGUGUGGUUUCUUUUGGAGCAUCGCAAAGUAAAAGGGGGGUUUCUGCAGGUUAACAUUUAGUCUAGAAAUAGUUAAAUGGUGUUGAGUUAUCUGAAUUGGGACUGAACGUUUAUUUUUUGCUUGUGUUGUUUGUUAUGUUACUGAAGUUUUUGUUAUUAAGUAAGAAGAUAUAGCGGAUUGGUUGCUUCUAUAUUUGUGUGGUUUCUUUUGGAGCAUCACGAAGUAAAAGGGGGGUUUCUGCAGGUUAAUAUUUAGUCUAGAAAUAGUUAAAUUGUGUUGAGUUAUCUGAAUUGGGACUGAACGUUUAUUUUUUGCUUGUGUUGUUUGUUAUGUUACUGAAGUUUUUGUUAUUAAGUAUGAAGAUAUAGCGGGUUGGUUGUUUCUAUACUUGUGUGGUUUCUUUUGGAGCAUCGCAAAGUAAAAGGGGGGUUUCUGCAGGUUAACAUUUAGUCUAGAAAUAGUUAAAUGGUGUUGAGUUAUCUGAAUUGGGACUGAACGUUUAUUUUUUGCUUGUGUUGUUUGUUAUGUUACUGAAGUUUUUGUUAUUAAGUAAGAAGAUAUAGCGGAUUGGUUGCUUCUAUAUUUGUGUGGUUUCUUUUGGAGCAUCACGAAGUAAAAGGGGGGUUUCUGCAGGUUAAUAUUUAGUCUAGAAAUAGUUAAAUUGUGUUGAGUUAUCUGAAUUGGGACUGAACGUUUAUUUUUUGCUUGUGUUGUUUGUUAUGUUACUGAAUUUUUUGUUAUUAAGUAUGAAGAUAUAGCGGGUUGGUUGUUUCUAUACUUGUGUGGUUUCUUUUGGAGCAUCGCAAAGUAAAAGGGGGGUUUCUGCAGGUUAACAUUUAGUCUAGAAAUAGUUAAAUGGUGUUGAGUUAUCUGAAUUGGGACUGAACGUUUAUUUUUUGCUUGUGUUGUUUGUUAUGUUACUGAAGUUUUUGUUAUUAAGUAUGAAGAUAUAGCGGAUUGGUUGCUUCUAUAGUUGUGUGGUUUCUUUUGGAGCAUCGCGAAGUAAUAGGGGGGUGUCUGCAGGUUAACAUUUAGUCUAGAAAUAGUUAAAUUGUGUUGAGUUAUCUGAAUUGGGACUGAACGUUUAUUUUUUGCUUGCGUUGUUUGUUAUGUUACUGAAGUUUUUGUUAUUAAGUAUGAAGAUAUAGCGGGUUGGUUGUUUCUAUACUUGUGUGGUUUCUUUUGGAGCAUCGCGAAGUAAUAGGGGGGUUUCUGCAGGAAUCAUACCGUCGAAGCUAACCCCUGGAGAGUACAACCGAGCAUAGCAUGAGUACCCGAGAUAGAAGGGCACAGCCAGUUAGGCGUACAAGGUCCCAUUCAAGAAGAAAUGUUGUGCUAACGGUGGAUCUAAAUGUUGCACCGGCAGGUGAGAACAGAGAUCAGGAAGGAACUUUUAUUCAUGUUGUGUCUGGGGAUACGACACAUGGACAAAGAGGUACCUCUUCGACACCUGCAGCAAUUGAUGUUGAGGCACUUGAUGAUGAUGUGAUUAUAUCAUCCCCUAGGGCGUUUGAAGCAGCUAAGAACAACUCCAGAAGGAAUCAAGGACGGGUUAUUGUGCUUGAUGUGGAUUCUGAGGACCGUACGUCUAGGGGUAACAGUCGCGACAAGCGUAGAAGAGUCUUUACAAAUCAAGCAACAAGUGGUGAUAUUCACAUAGACCUAGAAGGACAUAGCUGUCCAAAGAAAGUUGAUCUAAAAAGUGCAAUACCAGCACCACCAAAAGAGCCUACAUUCAGCUGUCCAGUGUGCAUGGGUCCAUUGGUUGAUGAGAGGUCGACUAAAUGUGGUCACAUUUUCUGCAAGGCGUGCAUUAAAGCAUCCAUUGCUGCCCAGGGUAAAUGUCCUACGUGUAGGAGGAAAAUCGCUAUGAAGGAUACCAUAAGAGUAUAUCUUCCCGCCACAACUUAAGUCAAAGGAUUUGGCCAUCAUUUGACCUGUGGAGGAGAAAGUGUGUGACUGUGAGAGUGAAAGGGAAGUAUGAAUGGAGAUACUUUUAUUCAGUUAAGUUUUAGGUCACAAUCAACUAUGUACCAUUCCAGUCUCUGCUUAAAAGAUGGUGUAAUUAGUAAAUGGAAUUAAGCUAUAUGCACUGAUUCUUUUAAAAAAAAACAUCAUUAGUGUAAUAUACCUCAAUGAAAGUCUGAACUUUUGUUUGUGGCA